AUGAAUUCACGUGGUAUCUUCGUUUUAUGCUCUAUUGCUGUUUUAUUACUUAUGGUUUCAUCAUCUGUUGUAAAUGCUGAUGAUCAAUACUAUCCUCGAGCUCGGAAAGUAUCCAACGGUGCCUGGCUUUCGGCUCAACAUUUUCAACCAUUGGACAAACGUGGUCGCUUUGUUUUUCGUGAAGCACCUCAUGCACAUCAUUAUGAUUCAAUCAAUGAUCAUCGUUUCAUUAAUGAUGAUGCCCAAGAUGCUGAUUCAAAUAUUGAUAAACGAAAUUGGCGAUUAUAA